AAAACGUGAUGGUCUAUGAGUGUACGAUAACCUGAAUGGUACGAUGACAGUCCUCAUGAACAACGAGUACGGUGCACAAAAUGGAGCAAUCAGGCGCUAUGGUGGCAACGAACUGGAUCAUCCGGAGGAAGGACUUCGAGUACGGAAACAAGAUAGUUGUGAUCGGCAUAGACGAUGGAGGUCACAGCCGAGUAUAUGUGGGAGACAAGAAGUGGACGGAGAAUUUCGUAGAGAAGGCUGGGCUGAACGGCGGAAAGCUAUGUGUGAAAUACGUUGAAGGAUUUGCUAUGACACCAGAGGGAGCUAACCUUACAGUGCUCUUUAGUUUCCAAUUCAGAGCUAUGCUUGAGAGAUGGUGAUUUCUCUGGAAUAGGUGGAACAGGAGCUCAGAUUCAGAGCCAAUUUUUACCAUCACAACAAAUGUGUUCCCCCAUGUCUUUCAGGUUCAAGAAGUUCGAUCGCCCGGAAUACGGUGUUUGCCGAAAUACGGAUAGAAGGUGAACUUGUUGCUUCUAUCUAAGAGUAGAAUGGUGCAGUCCUUGGUGGAGUUGCAAGCAUUUGUUAUUUGUGCAAGUUCAACUCCACCAACCACUGCACCAUUCUUCUGUUAGAUAGUUCUUUUACAAAUAUCAUCAUCGCUUUUGCACUGAUUAAAAGUAUUUAACAAUGGUUGGAGGUCCCGAUGAUCCAGAACUGCAUGAUACUGCACGAUAGUACAAUGACCGUCCUCACGAAUCAUACUCUCGAGCAAGGAGCCGGAGGCACAUAGGCGUGAUGGUGCUGUUGGAGCAGUCUUGUCGAAGUGGAUUUUGAAGAAAAAGACUUUACAAUACUUCAUGGUGAAAAUCUUAUUCAAAUUUUUGUGCCAGGAACACCGAGACCUGUCUUGUCCCCAGUACUAGUCCUCCUGAAACAACAGGUUUAGAACCCCCAAGUAACAGCUGCCGUUCAGCGUUCACCUUGAACGGUAAGUGUUUCUAGGAUAUGAUCUUCAGGGCCGUGCUUUUUCUCACAUUUCAAGGGUUCCACUUGCCUGCAUAUAGUUUGAGUUGCCUUACAUGGGUCAGGCUGGUUGGACAAAUAUGGUGUACCUCAUCCUGCUCAAUCUUCCAUACAUAUGAACAACUAUGGUUCCUUUUCUUUUGAUAUCAGGUUGUGAGAUUUUAC